UGAGAAGAAGCCAUUUUGUAUCUCAUUGCAAUUGAAUUUUUGUGGAAAUAAGCAUCAGUUCUAGAAUUUUUAAUAUAAUGCCAGAUUCUGGAAAAAAAUUGUGUGAGUUACGUGUUUGUGAUUUGAAAGAAGAGUUAGAAAAAAGAAAUUUGGAAACUGUUGGAGCUAAGGCGACUUUGGUGGAACGGCUGGAACAGGCUAUCAAAAGUGAAGGUUUAGAUCCAUCUAAGUACUUUUUUGUACCCAAUUCCAAAGCCGUCGGUAAGAAAAUUAUGGAUUCCAAAAAAAUUGACAGAAAAGCUGUCGAAGAAAUCAAAAUUAAGGAGGAACCAAUCGACGACGAAGAAAUAGCUUUAAAUGCUGAAGAUGUGGGGGAAGAGGAAGAUUAUGAUGAUAAUGAGCAAUAUGAGAACGACGAAGGUGACGAGGAUGACGAAGUCGACCAAGUAGGUGAUGUAGAUGAUGAAUGUGUAAUCAUCGAGGAAGAAGGGCGAACUGAAGUUGAUAAGGGAAAUGGUUCAAACGAUGGUCCAGAGGGGGAAGAGGAAAAUGCAGGCGAAUCGAAUGAAGAAUCGAUAAAUUUAACCAUUGGUGAAGACGAACAAAAACUUUUGCAUGAUGAGGCACCUGAUGAAAAGGAAAAAUGCACCGAUGCAGAAGGUGAUACUACCGGCAGGAAUUCAGCGCAAAAGAGUACAAAAACGGUUGCAGCUUUGAAGGACACAAGAACAUCCAAGGGUGGUUCCAGCAGCAGUAAGGACGAGCGUAAAUGCAGCAAGUCUGAUGACGAUAAAUCAAAGAGAAAAGAUGAGAAGUCCGGCGACAAAAAGGAUAAAGACAAUAGUGAACAAAAAUCAUCUUCAAACAAGACUUCGCAGAAGGAUGACAAAGAAAAGUCUACACUGAAUACCUCUACAAAAUCGUCGUCCACUGGAAAGCAGACAACACCUUCACGUAAUCUUUGGGUAUCCGGGUUAUCUUCAUUAACGAGAGCCAGUGAUCUGAAAACUAUAUUUUCUAAAUAUGGAAAAGUUAUCGGAGCCAAGGUGGUCACCAACACCCGAACUCCGGGUACACGUUGUUAUGGCUACGUAACAAUGUCAUCAUCGUCGGAUGCCAGUCGUUGCAUUGAGCAUUUACAUCAUACCGAGCUCCAUGGACGGAUAAUAUCAGUAGAGCGCACUAAAAACGAAAUAGGCAGCAGCUCAACAAGUGUCGCCAAAUCACGUGUGGAUACAACAAAAAAAGAUGAUGACAGGAAGAUACGAGACACAACUUCUAAGACGAGAGACGACAAACGUAAAACUAUUGAUACAAAGAAGGACGAUGCAUCAAAGAAACCUGAAGUGGAGAAGGAUAAGCAACGCGAUAAAGAAAAGGAGAAGGACCAUAAUAAAAAAGACGAAAAGGAAAAAGAGAAAGAAAAAGACAAAGACAAAGAAAAGAGUGUGGCCAGCAAUCAUGAGAAGCGAGCAAUUUCUAAAGAUGGGCAAAAAGAUCGAAAUACUCGUCAGCAUUCUAACCGCAGCCGUUCCAAUGACCGCAAUCGCAACGACCGAAACAUUCGUGAUCAACGUCAAAGGGAUCGUGAACGUGAACAGCGCCUCAGACAAAGGGAGUAUAUACAAUUACGAGAAGAGCGAGAACGACAACGGUUACGAGAGCGUGAACGUGAACUACGUGAAGAAGAAAGGCGUCGGCGAGAAAUUCGCGACCGUCAACGGCAAGAAGAAGCUCGCUUAGCCGAAGAACGUCGGAAACUGGCACAGGAACGAGAACGCUUAGAGAAAGAAAAAGCCGAAUUGCUGCGUUUGGAGCGCGAAAGACAAAAACUAGAGCGAGAGAAAAUCGAACUGGAGCGCCUCGAGUUAAAACGACAACAAAUGAAGAUUAUGCACGCCCGUGAGGAUCCUAUUAAACGGCUAGGAAAAAGAUCCAGCGAUGAACGUUAUACCGAAGUUUCGAAUCGGAAACGUUCGUCUGGGAGUGAUUCUCGUUUCGAGGCGCCGCCACCACCGCGUUUCGAUGCUAGUCUCGUGACAUCAUCAAGAAGCUAUGAUAAAAAGCGGGACGAUUAUAAUAGCUCAGCAUCUAGCAAGCGUGCCAUUGAUGACUUCCCAUCAUCAACCAAACGUAUGGAUUACUCAAAGCGCGACGAUUUUUCCAGUGCGGUUACUAAGCGUGCGGCUUUGGACGACUAUCCAGUUGUUCCACCGAAACGCAGCACUGAUGAUUACGGUAAGCGUAAUAAUGACUACUUAUCGUCAACUUCAUCCAAACGAAUCAUAGACGAUUAUGGGGCAAGCAAAUCAUCUCGUGAUGACUACAAGCGUGAGGUUGAAAUUCGUCAUGUUCCAACAGCUGGUAACAACAGUGGUUCAUCAUUUCAUACAAGCCGCGAUGUCAGCUCAACUAUUCAUAAAGCUAAUGCCGGUCGUUAUGUGGAUUCGGAACGUUCUACGAGCGGAUACAGACGUACUGGGAUCGAUGACAUUCGCUCGUCAGCAUCUGGAAAUAAGCGUUAUGAAAACUCAAAUACUUACGGCACCACUAAUAAUGGCGGUAGUGUAUGGGCAUCAUCUACUCAUUUGGGUGGAAGUUCUGGUGGAGGUGGUGGUGUAAAAUCUUACGUCGGCAAUGGCAUGUCAAAUAUGCACAGUAAUUCGACGUGGCAAAAGUCGGUUGAAGAAAACAACUGGCGUCCAAUGCAAUCGGCGCAAGAUCGUUUCGAUCGGACAUACAAUGAACGAUCCAAUAGUGGUUACACUGCUGGAGGUAUGUUUGGCAGUGCAGGGCGGUAUGGCGGUCAAAUGCGUUACUAAAGUUUCGUUUUGAUAAUUUGAUGAUAUAGCUUAUAGAUUUAUUUUCAUAUAAUAAUGUGACUGGUUAAAACAUGUAACCAUUUAUCAGUAGCAUUUGCAUUCGCCAGAUUACAAUGGACGAUAGUUGUUUAAUGUUUUUAAAGGAUCUUAUCUGAAAAUUAAAUAUGACAAGAAAUGAAUUAUGCUAAAUAUUUAGGAGUUUAAUUUUUGGGCUCCAUGACAAAUUUUCGAUGAUUUGAAUGCUAAAUAAAACUAUAAAAGAUGUGUUAGAUUCAAUACCAAUAUGAAUAUAAUUAUUGGAAAAAUGCUUGACCAUAUGUUUGAACAUAAUUUUGUAAUGCCUUUUGAUCAUAAUUUGUAAUGCUUAGUUUUCUCAUAUUUCAACAAUAUGUUAUACGUUUGUCACUUCUAUUUAAUUGAAUACUUAAGUGAAUUUGGAUUAAAAUUAAAAGGAAUUACAUUAAUGUAAAAUGUAAUCAAA